UAUUAAAACAGAUGAACUCCAGUAUCAAAACUAAGGUUCCAAAUAAACCCAAAAAUUCCCAGAGAAAGAGAGCUAAGUUCCAAAACGGAAGAUGGACGGAGGAGGAGCACUACCGGUUCCUUCUGGCUGUCAAGAAAUAUGGAAAGGACUGGAAGAAGAUUGAAGAAUUCGUCCGGACUAGGUCCAGCACCCAGUCAAGGUCUCACGCUCAAAAGGUCUUGAAAGAUGACUAUAUGGACGAAGUUCAAGCGGAAAUUGAGCUGCUAGCACCUAUAUAUGAGAACCCGCCUGUUGAGGAUCCACAACUAGAAUCCAGUUCAAAAACACAGGAAGUACUCAAAACGAUCCCGGCUGGUGUCAAGAGGAAGAGGAAGGCAAAGAGGGUGUAUAAAGAAGCCAUUCAGAAUGGAGAAAAUGAAAAUGCUCUGCAGAUCUCCAAUGCAAGCUCUGAAAAAUGCCAGGAAGAAGCAAAAGAAACCAACUCCCCAGAAGAGUCUUAUGAAGUAUCUGAGUACUCAUAUCCUGACGAUUUCAAAACAAAGCUAUUUGAAAUAGUGAAAGUGAAGAGAACGAAGACUUCGAGAAGAAGGAGAAGAACGAACAGGCAGAAGGGCGUGGCUACGUUAAGCAAGAACUUGGGAAAUCUAAGGAAAGACUCGGUUUUAACCUCAGCUAGCGCAACCCAAGCGUCAAUACUAUCCCCAGCAAAAACAGCCUCCACAGGGUCACUAACUCCUAGCUUAGUAUCCAGUGGGGAAGGAGAUUUCAAGAUCACUCCGUUUACGCAAAAAGGCGGUCUUGAAUCAAAUAAAAAUGGCAGACUCGACGAGGUCAAACCAGUGCCUCAAAAUAGAAUGGUUCCUCCCAAAUUUAAUCAAAGCUUGAGAAGGACGACUUCAGCUAGAGUUCAGCCCCAAAUGGUUGAUUCUAGCCACAUCGGUCGACCAGUAGAGGCAAACAACCAGGUGAUAUUUUGUCACCCUGCUGAAAAUCAGGUUGAGCUCUACCAACCUUCAUUCAACAAGAAACACUCGAUGGAGGAGAGAGACUUUAACUCUCUCAUUUUUGAGGAUUGAUUCCUCUCUGAUGGCUUUCCUUUCGAGCCAGAACACAUUAAAUCACCAGAGCCUUCCCAAGAUUCUUGGGGUGUCUCCUUCGCUGAGAGUCUUUUAUUCGGAGACUCAAAUUUUCCCCUGUUCGAUCAAUAUUAGAGGGCCUCCAUAUUGUCUAACAUGUUAAUUAAGCGAAUUCACUUUCAAAU